UCCUUCUUUACUAUAUAUAUCUUUCGCUCCACUACGAAGGUUAUUUUCGUAAUUCGACACAAUUCCUUACAGAGAAUAAGCGAACAGAUCAACAACUACUCUGCUCUUACAGGCGACGACGUCAACAACAACCCAAAAUACCAAAAACCCUCAAAAGUCUCAAACAAAACUCAAAACCCAACAAUUAAAGAAACAACAUUUCAAUAUACAGAUUUACUUCCUUUUACAGAUUUUCCUAAAAAACCGAAAUUGAAACAAACAAAACCAAAAGACGUUACCUUUUUUCCAUUGAUUCCUCAAUUCUCUAAACAAAUGAGUUAAUCUUCCAUGGCUGCCAUGUUGAUGCAGCCAUGGCCACCGUUUCUUCCUCAUCUAACCCUAGUUUUCUUAACCCUAAUCCUCUUUUUCCCUAAUCAAUCCUUUUCUCAAUCCGAUUCUCCUCGAAACAUCGAAACAUUUUUCCCAAAUGACACAAUCACCCCUCCAGUUCAAUCUCCGGUUCUAUCGCCGCCGCAAAACCCAUCAUCUUCGUCAUCGGAUUCAGACAGAGGAAAUAUCUUGAGGGCUGUGCUUAUAACAGCAGCAAGCACUUUACUUGUAGCAGCCGUGUUCUUCUUCCUCGUCCAUAAAUGUAGGCGGAGGAGAAACAGAGUCGGUGGCGUUGACAACACCCUUCAACCACCGGUUCCUCCGUUGGCGGAAGCGGCUUUAGCUCGUGAAGGGUUUACUCGAUUCGGCGGAAACGUAAAGGGUUUGAUUCUAGAUGAGAAUGGUCUCGAUGUGUUGUAUUGGAGAAAGUUACAACAGAGUCAAAGAGAUAAUAAAGGUGGAAGCUUUAGGAAAGAGAUCAUCCACGGAGACGAUGAAGAGAAGAAUGUGAUUUAUUCGAAGAGUAAGAAGAAAUCUGGACCGGUGACGGAGACUCCUCUUCUCAGAGGAAGAUCUUCGACUUCUCAUAGUGUAAUUCACAACGACAAUUACCGAAAUGCCACCACCACUCAUCCUCCUCAUGUCAAGACUGAUUCUUUUGAAUUCGUCAAACCAGAUCCAACUCCACCACCGCCUCCACCACCGCCAAUUCCGGUGAAGCAGAGUGCAACACCACCACCUCCUCCUCCUCCUAAGCUUAAGAAUAAUGGUCCAUCUCCGCCGCCACCUCCACCGUUGAAAAAGACGGCGGCUUUGUCAUCAUCGGCUUCAAAAAAACCACCACCGGCUCCUAGAGGAUCAUCUUCAGGGGAAAGUUCAAAUGGUCAGGUAAAGCUUAAGCCUUUACAUUGGGAUAAAGUCAAUCCUGAUUCUGAUCAUUCCAUGGUUUGGGACAAAAUCGAUCGUGGCUCUUUCAGUUUCGAUGGCGAUCUAAUGGAGGCUCUGUUCGGCUACGUGGCGGUCGGAAAGAAAUCUCCAGACGACGGCGGUGAUAAAAAGCCUAGCUCAGCCUCACCGGCCCAGAUUUUCAUACUUGACCCGAGAAAGUCACAGAACACAGCAAUUGUGCUCAAAUCCUUAGGAAUGACUCGUGACGAGCUUGUGGAAUCGUUAAUGGAAGGUCAUGAUUUUCAUCCAGAUACACUAGAGAGACUCUCUAGAAUAGCUCCAACGAAAGAAGAACAAUCAGCGAUUCUCCAAUUCGACGGUGAUACGAAAAUGCUCGCAGACGCUGAAUCGUUUCUGUUUCAUCUUCUAAAGGCGGUGCCUUGUGCGUUUACUCGUCUUAAUGCGUUACUCUUUAGAGCUAAUUACUAUCCAGAGAUCUCAAACCAUAACAAAAAUCUUCAGACGUUGGAUUUGGCUUGUACAGAGCUUAGGUCACGUGGCUUGUUCGUGAAGCUAUUGGAAGCGAUUCUGAAAUCUGGAAACAGAAUGAAUGCAGGAACAGCUAGAGAGAUGCUCAAGCUUUUAAUCUCACCGCGCUUUUGAAACUUUCUGAUGUUAAGAGUGUUGAUGGGAAGACGACUUUGCUUAACUUUGUUGUGGAAGAAGUGGUUAGGUCUGAAGGGAAGCGAUGCGUGCUUAACCGAAGGACUAACCGUAGCUUUAGCCGUAGUAGCAGCAGUUCGAUCUCCGAGGUUAUAUCGAAGGAAGAACAAGAGAAAGAGUAUCUUAGACUCGGUUUACCUGUUGUUGGAGGGUUAAGCUCUGAGUUCACCAAUGUUAAGAAAGCUGCAGCUGUAGACUAUGACACUGUUGCUGCAACGUGCUUGGCUCUUACGUCUAGAGCGAAAGAUGCUAGACGAGUGUUAGCGCAGAGCGAAGGAGAUAACAAAGAAGGAGUGAGGUUUGUGAAGAAGAUGAAUGAGUUUCUUGAUUCGGUUGAGGAAGAAGUGAAGUUAGCGAAAGAAGAAGAGAAGAAAGUGUUGGAGCUUGUGAAGAGAACAACAGAGUAUUAUCAAGCAGGAGCUGUGAAAGGAAAGAAUCCACUUCAUUUGUUUGUUAUUGUUAGAGAUUUUCUUGCAAUGGUUGAUAAAGUUUGCGUAGAGAUCGCAAGGAAUUUGCAGAGGAGGUCAUCAAUGGGGAGUACUCAGCAGAGGAAUGCGGUUAAGUUUCCGGUUUUGCCUCCGAAUUUCAUGUCGGAUAGAUCAAGAAGUGAUUCGGGUGGAUCAGAUUCCGAUAUGUGAGUUUGCAAAGACCAUUUUUAAUCUUGAUGAUCAUAUUGUUUAGAGGAGAAAUGAUUUGCUUGGUUGUAAAUAAUAGAAUCGUUUGGGGUAUUUGAUUAUAUUUUUUUCCUACAAAAAAAACUUUUUGAAGUGUUAAUAAGAUUUGAUAGUCCGAGA